AUGGCGCUGCCUGCGCCUGCUGCAAAAGGCACCUUGGAAAGCGGGGAGCCUCUCCUGGGAGUGCCCCCGGCUCUGCCCGAGGCAGAGAUGGACGCCGGCCUUGCCGUGCCGUGCCGUGCCAUCUCUCGCAGGGCGCUCACCGGCGCCGAGCGCGGGUGCAUCCGGGACCUGCAGGGCAAGGCCCUCUGCCCUGCAAGAAGCCGGGCGGUCUCCAUCCACCGCCGUCACCCAGAGUCGUACAUCACCCGCUGCAGCGGGCCUCUCUGCUCAUCUCCCGGCCCCGGAGCCUGGCUCCCAGGACAGAUGCCCGUGUGGCUACAAUCAGCUGCUGAGAGGCUCCCCACUCCGGCGCAGUCUCUGCCAAUUUCUCUGCGAGCUGGCACGGGCGCGCGGCUCCGGGGGCACCGCGAGGAAGAGGCUGGGGAGGAGGACGGCUUGCGAAGGGGAGAGAAAUGGACACAUGCCAUCGGCGGAGAACGCCAGCAGGCAGCAUGGGGCCAAAACGAGAGCGCGCGCAAGAGAAAGAGAGAGAGGAGGAGAAGCUGGCAGCCCGUCUUGAAGCAGGCAGCGGCUGAGUUGGCAGAGGUGCCAUGGAGGACGGGCUGCAGAGAGCAGGCGGCGCGGGAGGCACAGACGGACAGACUGGCGCAGGUAGCGGCCGGUGAGCCCGGAGAGGAGCAAGAUGCAGCCCGAACCCUGCAAGGAUCCUGCUCGUCGCCGGACUCGCGUGCUGAGGGCCCCACGUCCCCGGAGAGGAGAAAGCAAAGCCCAGCUUGGAACGGUUCCCGGGGCCCGCGUGAGAGCUGCACCUUCCAGCGGGCGCACGCAAGCCUGAACCGCGUCAGCAUCCAGAGUUUGCAGACGCUGCUUGGGGUCCCCGGAAAGAGCCGUGGCUUUUUCCUCUCGUGUGGAGAUACGGGGGGCUGCCACGAUGGAUGUGUCACGGGAGCCUCUUUGCACCCCCAGCAUGUGCGGGGCUCCAGGACACUGGCUCCUAGGCAGGUGCGAGCGCACGGCUCGCUGGGAGCUGAGUCAGCCCGGGAGGGGAGACGCAGGAGGCUCUGACCUUGCCGGGACACGAGAACUUGGCUCGUGCACCGGUGUUUGCGUGGAAAGAAGGAUGCAGAACGUCUCGGGAGCGGGUGCAUCACAUCCACACCAGCCCCUUGUCCAUCCCUGGGGAAAGCCGGGAUGGCCGGCG